AUGCGCUUGCUGAACGUGGAAUCGCGCCAACUUGAGGAAUACUCCGAAAGCAGUUUCCCCCCGGCCAACUACGCUAUCCUAUCGCACACAUGGGGCGAAGAUGAAGUCACAUACCAGGAUCUUCAGACCCCCGAAAAAGGCAAGUCGAAGGCGGGAUAUGCCAAGAUCGAAGGCGCCUGCCGACAAGCAGCCCGGGAUGGAUGGAGGUAUGUCUGGGUCGACACAUGCUGCAUCGACAAGUCCAGCAGCGCCGAGUUGUCAGAAGCUAUCAACUCCAUGUUUAGGUGGUACAAUAAGGCCCGGGUGUGCUAUGUAUACCUAUCGGAUGUUUCGCGCUCGGACGAUAGUACUGCUGUCGAGCGGUCUCUCCGCGAUAGCAGGUGGUUUACCAGAGGCUGGACUCUUCAAGAGCUGUUGGCUCCGCAUGAAUUGCGUUUCUUUGAAUCUGUCUGGGAAGGACUGGAAUCCCCGGGUUCUAGUUGGCACCCUCUGAUCAUGAGUAUCACUGGAAUCGACGUAUACCAUUGGGAUAAAGAGCCCCUGCUAGUGAAACUGUCCUGGGCUGCCAAACGACAGACGACGAGACAAGAAGACAUGGCGUAUUGCCUCCUAGGACUCCUGGGUGUCAACAUGCCCUUGUUAUAUGGCGAAGGAGAGGCGGCCUUUCCUCGCUUGUUAGAGGAGGUGAUCAAGAAGUCUACUUCUCACGCCGUGCUUGCUGCAGGCUACGGUCUGACGUUGACUGCACUGCAGGAGUCUCGCAUCGAUGGCUCGGUGCUGCCCACUGCGCCAGAUGCUUAUGCAGGAUGCUCGGCAGGUUUCCGUGAGGUCCAGGUCCCUGGCAGGACAACAUCUGCGCACUUCUCUAUGACCAAUGCCGGUUUGCUCAUUGAGUUGCCCUUGGUGCAGAUAGACCCAGACACGCGGACCGUACUGGCACUGAUUAAUUGCCAAGAUAGAUCGCACGAGGGCUACCAAAUUGCGAUCCCACUGUCCCACAAAGAAGGCGACAAGUAUGGUCAGUUCUACGAACGAGCUGUCGGUAGCCAACCCUUUCGAGUCCCUCCCAAUUUCAGUGACCAUGCUCAAAGGACGAAUAUCUUCAUCAGCAACCGCACGACUGUACCGGCUUGGGGCAGGCAGUUGCGCACCGAGAACUACUUCGAAAACAUGGUCUACUUUGGAGCACUUCUGAACGCGGGGAUGGGCGUUCCCGUCAAGAUACAGCGCGGCUCUUCCAGGGAAGAUGGGAAGAAGCGAGUACUGGAAAUUCAAAAGAUGGGCGCGCCUCGAAAAAGGUUGACGAUUCACGCGACUGGUGGUGCCGAAAGGUAA